AUGACGCAGAUGCCAAUUUCUGUCAAGCGUGUGGGGUUCCCACUGCGCCCUUGGUGCCAGCUGUUCCCCGUGGCAGGGGUCCUGUGGAUGAGAAGGUUAUUCAAGAGCGUUUUCAAGAGUUUAAGUCUUCGUUUGAGCGUCGGCCCUAUCAACGUCAAAAGUCAGCCCUUGAGCAGCAGUUAUCUACGUUUCUCGCGUCAGUUUCCCCGCCUAAAACAAUUUCAUCUUGUACGGUAGACGACGUUAUUAAGUUUCUCAUUUAUAAAGAUUCGUCAGGGCGAACAGUCGUUCAUGUCCCCACAUGUUCCGGAGAAGCUUGCGCCUGCCCCCGCCGUUUAGCCGCUGGCACCAUUGACUCCCUGCUUGGAAAGCUCAGGUCCAUCUUUAAUAAACUUGGUCGCAUCGACCACACUAAUCCUAUCGCGCAUCCUCGCAUCAAGGAAUACUUGAACUUUGUUGGCGUCGAACAGGCGGGUAUGGCUAUUUCGCCUUCGCAAGCUGUGCCAUUGUUCUUUGUUAAGUUCCAGAACUUAAUUGCUCAUUUACGGGCAAAAAUUGUUGAUAGUCAAUCACUGUCUAGAAUUAGUCAGUAUAUUUUGGUUAGAGAUGCUACCUUUUUUGUAAUAGAUUUCUUUACAGGCGACAGGGCAUCGGAUUUGGGUCGCCUAUUAGCCAGCCAGGUUUUUAAAUUAAAAGAUCGCGAGGGUUACUUGUUGCGUUUUACCUUUUCUAAAACUUUGCGUAAAGACCCCCCUCGUUCUUUCGCCUUGGUUCCCUUUUGAAAAACAGACGUGUGCCCGGUUAAUUGGAUAACUUAUUAUCUCUCUGUGUGUGAUUUAGUUAAGGUCCGCUUAGCUUCGGGUUUUUUUUUUUCGGGCUUCUGA